UUAUUAUUUCGCGUAAAAAUGACGAUUUUAUGAAUACUUUUAUUUCACUGAUUUUUGCAUACUACGUACGUCAUCUUCAAACUGAAAAUACUCGAAAUUUUCAUUAGACACAUACGUAUUUGAAUACAGCAAAAUGUUCGUAAUGUUAUCCUCUUUAAAAUGAGCUAUUACCGAAAGCUCUACAUGCAACCGUUCAAAAGUUUUCGAAGUUUUAAGUUGCGAAAACAAGCUGCGGAUGGUAAGUAUUGAUCUUUAAAUUAAUAUUACUCGAAAUUUUCAGUGGACACAUAGGUAUUUUAAUACAUCAAAAUGUUCGUAAUUUUAUCCUCUUUAAAAUGGUUGUUUACCGAAAGCUCUACCUUCAACCGUUCAAAAGUUUUUGAAGAUCAAAGUUGCGAAAAGUGGUUACUGAUCAAAACUAUAACUUACUGAUAACACAAUAACCAUAGGUAAUAAUAACACAAUUAGACCACUUUCCGCAACUUUGAACUUCAAAAACUUUUGAACGGUUGAAGGUAGAGCUUUCGGUAAACAACCAUUUUAAAGAGGAUAAAAUUACGAACAUUUUGAUGUAUUAAAAUACCUAUGUGUCCACUGAAAAUUUCGAGUAAUAUUAAUUUAAAGAUCAAUACUUACCAUCCGCAGCUUGUUUUCGCAACUUAAAACUUCGAAAACUUUUGAACGGUUGCAUGUAGAGCUUUCGGUAAUAGCUCAUUUUAAAGAGGAUAACAUUACGAACAUUUUGCUGUAUUCAAAUACGUAUGUGUCUAAUGAAAAUUUCGAGUAUUUUCAGUUUGAAGAUGACGUACGUAGUAUGCAAAAAUCAGUGAAAUAAAAGUAUUCAUAAAAUCGUCAUUUUUACGCGAAAUAAUAAAAAUUUAACACCAAUCGAUAAGGAAUUUCAUCGUCUUUAAUUUGAGACCUCAUGAAAGUUCAUCCGAACCCGCGAACAAUCGAAAAAGUUGCAUUUUAUACACGAAUAAUUGUAUGCAUACCUAUGAUAAGAUAACAUGUUUAUCCCAAGACGAAAAAACGUCCAAGUCCAGAAAAAAAAAUUCCACUACACCCCGCCACGGAAAUGAAUCUAGACGCUCGUAUUGAUUGAUAACAAGAAAAUUUAGUUUGGGUCAAGGUUGAUCAAGGUCUCUUCCGAAAAAAUUUGAUCCACUUUCUUACCUACUUAUUUGUCUUUCAACGAAUGAAAACCUACGCAACAUGAAAAUUGGACCAACCUGACGAAGUUUUGCUUUGAAAAUCAAACUUUUGAGUUUUGAUUCUCUUUGUAGCAAAGAAUAAAAAUUUAUGCGAAAUUUGGAAAAUUCUCUUAUCAGAAAAAACUAAAAAAGUAACAAACUAAAAUAUUGUAAAAAUUAUUGUAAAAAUCUAUGAACUUAUUUUAAAACACUUGCAUACUAAUUUUAAAUAUGCCCUGAUACCGUGGAUGAAGUGAUGAGUGUCUAUGGAAGAUUCUUUUGAACGAGAUAUGCACUUUGCAGUUCAUCAAAUUUGAAAUUUCUUCAGAAUGAGUACGGUCUGAUUCCUGCCGAAAUGAACGAAAAAAGGAUGUCCAACAAGGAGUAUUACUCCAAAAGUACUGAUGGUGCAACUCUCGUUGAUAACAGCAAGCUAUUAAUAGAAGCAGUUAAACAAGGAAACGAAGCCCUCGUUAUAAAAUUACUCAAUGCCGGUGUUCCUCCGUAUGUCAGCGAUCAACUAGGAUGUAAUUCAUUUUUUUACGCUGCUCGAUUUAAUCGCCCUAAUGUAUUAAAAUUAUUACUCGAUGCUGGAGCCCUCAUCAAUGUUAUGACUAAAAUGGGAAGAACAGCUCUGCAGAUCGCUGCUUACCAUGGGCACAACGAAUGCGUCGAGUUUUUACUUAAUAAUGACGCUAGUGUCAAUGAUGUGGAUAACCUUGGGAUGAGCGCUUUACAUUGGGCUAGUGAAAAUGGUCAUUUCGAUUCCGUGAUACUCUUACUGAAAGCUGGUGCCAGUGUCGGUCUAGUCAGUAAAUUCGGUAAAACAGCUUUGAGCUUAGCACUGAAAAAGAAUCAUUUCGAAAUUUAUGAUUUAUUGCGACAACAUCUUAACAAUUUAAAUGAAAGUACAGAAUUCUUAUUGGACGAAGAAUUCUUGAAUUCAUCUGAUAAAGGUUAUGGACCCUACACUGCUGUUUUCAUUCCAGAUAAGAAUUCAUUUUCCGAUCAAAAAACUUCCAUAAGCAGUCCGAUUUUGUUCCCAGAAAUGAAAAACAACAUCGAACAGUGCAAAUUAGCAUUUAAUGCGAAUUUAAAAAACGAUGAUACGAUUAAACUUUUUGAGCAACACGGUAUCAAAUUACUUCCAGUCGAUCAAUCAACCAUAAUCGCUAGUGCUCUUAAGAGAGGACAAACUGCCGUUCUAACAGAUGCUGGGAAAUUGGCAUUGAAAAAGACUGAACCUAACAUAAUUCGAAAAAUAGCGGGUAUGUCGACUAACCACUUGAAUUCUCAACCAGUUGCGAAAAAGCAAAAACUCGAUAACGAAAAUACCGGAAAUUCUUCAGAAACCCCCAUUACUGCAACAUCCUCAGUGACAAACAUCGAUAACAUCGAUGUUUCUUCUCUGAACAAAGCAAAGAUAAUCAAAAUCGAUGCCAAACAAUUGGUAAAUUUGACUGCUAAAAAGAAGUUGAUAAUCAGUAAACCAAAACAAAUGACUACUUCUCCAGUCAGAGAUGGUGUUUUACAAAUGGAAAGUCUGAGCCCAAAUUCGACGUUUAGUAAAAAUCCAAAUGUAUCGAAUAAUACCAAAAUGAAAGAAUUUGAGGAUCAGUUGAGGAAGAAGACCAAUUUGCUACGUGAUAUGAAAAAACAAUUGGAUUUAUCUUUGCAAUUAGCCAAGCAUUACAAAUCUCAAUACGAAAUUAAAGAACGAGAAGCAGCUUUGUAUAAAAUUCAGUUGAAUAAUUUAUCAAAAAUACUGAUGAAUUCUGGAAUCAAGAUAACAACGGUGAAUUCCUAAAGGAAACAAUUGCAACGAGUAUUAAUGAUCUGUUUUAUACGUAGCUGAGUUUAUUAUUUUUAAUUUUUGGGAAGCGAUUGGGUGAUAUUUUUAAAAGUAGUUUUCGAAUUGGAUCUUAUAUUUGUGCAUUUGACUCUCUUGUUGUUUACUUAUUAAUUAAUACUUCUUUGACCAAAUUAACGUACCAGUUUUUUUAGGCUGUACUUCCAAUUACUUUUUAAUGUUCUCCUUUUUGUGUUCCUUACUUUGAAAAUGAAACGUUCUUGAAAAAAGAAUUCAUUUUUAUCGUUUUAUUCAACGAAGCGCUUUUUUUUUUUAAUUUUAGUUAUUUGAAUAGAUGAGUUUUUUGUUUGUUUUAUUGUUCCGUAUUAUUCUCGUUUAUGUUAUUAAUUAUAAGGAAUUUUUACCUCAUUAUUUUUUAGAUUUCAAUAAAUCGAAAUUUUUCA